AUGGGCCCAAAAGCGAUGGCGGUCGUCGCCGAUCAGCAGAGGACCCGCGGUGAUGCCAGCGCCAAGAGAAGAGCUACCGCAGGAGGUGAUACCACAAGCGCGGGCAAACGUACUCACGCCGAUAUCAUCUCUCGGGAAGGUGGCGCUUGCGGAUCGUCCGACAGCUGUGUUGGUGAUUUGAUGCGGACGAAGAGUCACGCCCGCUCAUGGGUUUCUCUACGCCACAAUCUGCACGAGGCUCUGGUCGAAAGCGGGGAGAAAGGCGUCGAGCGGAUGCAGAGUCUUCCCAAGAUGUCCGAGCUCGUGGUAACUAUGAAAGACAACGCGCAGCACACGCGACGAUGGACUAGAAUGGGGGGAGAGCCUAUUGAACAUCUGCGGCGCAAUGGAGUUCCGCCUGCACGGUGGCUAUACGAAGGUUUAGGGUCCGUCAAAAGACUGUCUUCUUCGUCUCUCCGGGGCAAAAGGUGCAACCGCCGCUGCUGCAGAACUUCUCCGCAUUCCAUGUACGACAGCAGCACGUAG